GUUUUUAUUCUGUGUAAGUACCAUACAGAAUUAUAGAGCAGACUGCUCUACAAAAACAACACGUAUCCAAUCAUGUCCUUGUUCACUCGUGUUUCUUAUUUCCAAAUCUCAUCCUCGGCAUUUAAAACCACACUUACCCCAGCGAAACCUUUCCGAAUCUCUUAAAACGCAACGCUCUGGUCGGGGCACAGCGACUCAGCCCCAGGGCUGUACCAGGCGACGAGAAGCUGAGACGUUGCUCUCCGGCGAGGAACGCGUUGUCUUCCGAUGAAAUAAAAGCAAUCCCGUUGGAGUCGUCAACGAGAAGGCCACUUCAGCCGCCCGGCUGGCCUGGGCACAGCACCGCUGGAGGAGGGUCCGACUCCGCCGGGGGAGUGGAGCCGGGAGCGCCGCCCCAGCGGGAGGGGACGGGAGGGGACGGAGGGCGGCUGUCGCAGCCCCGGCGGGCUGAGCCCGGCCAUGGCCCAGCAGGAGCCGGCUGAGCCCGGGGCUGCGGGGAGCGGCCCCGUGCAGAUCCGAGUGGCCGUCCAGGCAGCCGCGGAGGAGGAAGAGCGGGAGGAGGAAGAGGAGGACGAGGAGGAGGAGAGGGGCGGCGGAGCGCUGUGCCCCAGCUGCAGCGAGGAGGACUCGGGGCGGUGCGGGCGCUCCAGUGGUGGGGAAAAUGAUGACGACUCUGAGCAGAACUGGAAACCACCAGAAAAUGACCUGAUCCAGAAAUUAAUAGCACAGAUUGAAUAUUACUUCUCAGAUGAGAACCUUGAGAAAGACGCCUUCCUCCUGAAACAUGUGAGAAGAAAUAAGAUGGGCUAUGUCAGUGUUAAACUCCUCACUUCUUUUAAGAAGGUGAAACACCUUACCCGUGACUGGAGAACCACGGCCUACGCACUGAAGUACUCGGGCACUCUUGAGCUCAACGGUGACAACAAAAAGGUUCGAAGGAAGACUCCAGUUCCACUGUUUCCAAGUGAAAACGUCCCUACCAGGAUGCUGCUGGUGUAUGACAUCCACAUGAUUUCUGAGCUGCAGGCUCUUAAUAAGCAAGAAAACGGAUGCAUGCAAGAAAGGAUAAUGGAGCAUCUCCUCAAAGCCUUUGUAACUUUUGGUGUCAUUUCAUCAGUUCGUAUUCUCAAGCCUGGCAGGGACCUACCACCUGAUAUCAGGAGGGUCAGCAACCGGUACACCCAGCUGGGAACUCAGGAAUGUGCAAUUAUAGAAUUUGAAGAAGUAGAUGCUGCCAUACGUGCUCAUGAUUCAAUGUGCACUGAAAAGAGAGAGACUGGCAUGAAAGUUGUCCUCAUAGGAAUGAAACCGCCAAAGAAAAAAGUUCCCAAAGACAAGAACCACGAUGAAGAUUCCAGCAAGAGUCUUAAGAAGACUCGAUCCCUUAAUAAGAGAGUAGAGGAACUUCAGUUUGUUGGUGAUGAAUCUUCAGCAAACAGCUCUUCUGACCCAGAGAGCAAUCCCACAUCCCCACUGUCAGGGCGCAAACGUACUGCAGCAAACACUGCGAGUAAUUUGAGCCCCAUCAUUCAUCCAAAUAACCAUUUGAGUCCUAAUGUGUCACCCAGAUCAAGUCCUUGGAACAGUCCAUCUUCCCUGAGGAAAGUAACAAAAAAAUCUCCGCUGGCUGAAGACAGUAAGCUUAACCCAAGCACUAGCCCUGAAAUCCCAAGGAAAUGUUCAGAUUAUUCCUCAGAUAGCAGCAUCACCCCUUCUGGGAGCCCCUGGGUACAGAGAAGGAAAGCCCAAACUCUCACACAAGAGAAGAGUUCCAGCAGCAGUCCCAUGUUGGUUAGGAAAAUACAAAAUGCAGACGGUCUCCCUGUAGGGGUACUGAGGCUGCCUAGAGGUCCUGAUGGCACCAAGGGAUUCCACAAUGGCUGUGAAAGAAGGAAGGCUAUGAAGAGUGAAUAAACUCUUCUUUAAAAACAGGCUCACAAGUCAGCCAACUGCUGGUGACCAAGCCUGGUGAAAAAUUGUCACUUCAGUGACUGAGUUAAGUCAGUAUUUAAUUUUACAAGCUUUUGUAUUCAUAUAGAGACUUAAUCAUUUGUAUAUUUGGAUAUUUUCUCCACAGAACAUGUGAGGUUGGAAGGCAUCUCUGGAGAUUGCCCAGUCCACCUCCUUGUCUCAAGCUACAAGAAGU